AUGAUGACCAGGAGUAUUANGUCAAUAGCAUUGGGAGGCGCCGUGAUUGCACUGUUAAUAACGGUCGUGGGUCUGGUGGGUAUCAUCAAAGAGAUCAAAUGGAUUGUAACAACUCUACUGGUGCUGCAAAUCAUAGGAAUUAUUCUGAACCUGACCACUGGUCAGGUGACCUCUGGCCUGUACGGUAUUCUUACCUCCAUACUGACCGGGGCAUUCCUAUACCUCAUCAAGGUGAGGGACUGGUAUCAUCAAAAUGAGGGACUGGAGGUCCCGAGGCCUAAUAAGGUCGUCGUGAUUACACUGUUAAUAGCGGUCGUGGGUCUGGUGGGUAUCAUCAAAGAGAUCAAAUGGAUUGUAACAACUCUACUGGUGCUGCAUAUCAUAGGAAUUAUCAUGAACCUCACCAAUGGUCAGGUGACCCAUGGCCUGUGCGGUAUUGUUUCCUCCAUACUGACCGGGGUACUCCUAUACCUCAUCAUACAGAAGCAAAAUGAGGGACUGGAGGUCCCGAACACUAAUAAGGUGUAA